AUGACAAGGUUCAGAGGAUGCAUUGAUAUCCAUGCAGGCCAGGUGAAACAGAUUGUGGGUGGCACGUUAACUAAAGACGACGUUUUGCCUUCGGAUAAGGCAGACGAGAACUUUGUCUCUACGAAACCUUCAUCUUACUAUGCCCAGUUGUAUAAGGACCAUAACGUCCAUGGAUGCCAUGUGAUUAAGCUCGGGACGAAUCCAGCCAAUGACGAAGCUGCUGCGUUGGCAUGCUCUACAUGGCCAGGUAAUCUUCAAGUGGGCGGUGGAAUCACCAUUGAUAAUGCUCAGGACUGGCUUGGUAAAGGUGCUAGCCAUGUGAUAGUGACAAGCUGGCUUUUCACGAAAAACGAGUCUGGCGAGUAUAAUGUUGAUAUGGAGAGGUUGAUUGAGCUUUCUGCUAAAGUCGGGAAGGAAAAGCUUGUGGUGGACGUGAGUUGUCGGAGGGUUAUUGAAGAUGGCCAGGUGGAGUGGUAUGUGGCUACGAAUAAGUGGCAGACCAUUACGAAGUGCAAAUUGGACGAUAGUCUUUUUGAGAUACUAGGACAGUACUGUGACGAGUUUUUGAUUCAUGCUGCUGACGUGGAGGGUCUCUGUAAGGGCAUUGAUACUGAGUUGGUGGAGAAUUUAGGUAAAUGGUGCCCUACAGGGUUUGAAGGGAAGGUUACGUACGCUGGAGGAGCCAAGCUGGCGCUGGAUUUGGCUCUUGUUAAUGAACUCAGUCAAGGGAAGGUCGAUCUUACGUAUGGAUCGUCAUUGGACGUUUUUGGCGGCACGCUAGUGAGUCUUUCUGAAGUGAUUGAAUGGAACAAAAACGUAUAA